UGGAACUACCGCGGGGUCAUUUUUUGUUUACGUUUUUACGGAUACAUUUAGUUCGGUGCCUCGCAAAUUUGUGUAAUAAACAAUGAAUAAUUCUGUAGCAAGUUCGGCGGCAAAGGUUGGAGAAAUAUUUACUGAAGCCGGAGCUGCUUUUAAUAAAUUAGCAGAUUUAGCAAUGACGCUAUAUCCUAUGGGAGAGCCAAGUAUUAGUCAGCAGCCUAAAACACCUGUGAAGAAGAAAACAGUAGAAGAAAGAACAAUUACCAGUGCCAGUGUACCAGCCCAUACACAGCAUAAUAUCCACUCUGCACCUUUAUCCCAACAGGUAACACUGAACAUGCUAAAUGCUCAAGAAACAGAAAUAGACACAGAUGGAUUAGGCGGGGAUGUCAAGUUGGAGUUUGAAUCGAGCACAGAUGAAGUGACCACAUGAUAUUUACUGUAACUUAUAAUUUAAUCAUUUAUUUAUAAGUAGACAUUACCUAUUUUGAAUUAUUCUUAUAAAAUACUGUAUAUCAUUAGGCAAAGAAGAUUACAAACGAACUCUUUAGUUAUAAUCUUCUGUGUCUAUGUAAAGACUUUGGAUAGCCAACAUAAGUAGAGUGUUUGUGGCAUUAGACUAUCUCCUAUUUCUUGUCUUUACAUCUUUGAUAAUAUAAUUAACUUACAAAAUUGUUUAACUUUAUUUUAUUUUUAAUAUAAGAUAUUUAAUCUUAUCAUCAUCAACAAUAGCUUGUAACAGUCCCCUGCUGGACUUUGAGCGCAUUUGAGAUAUGAACUUAAAAUUUUAUCAGAGGGUAGUGCUAAAAUAAAAAUUACUGACAAGUCUUUUUUUUUAAAACAAAAAAUUUAAGACGAAAUAUAAAAAAAAGAAGUAUUCAAAAUAGGUCUAGGUAUUUCAUAAGUAUGUAAUGUUUAAUUGUACAGUAAAAAUAUAUUUUCUAAAUCUAAAUAAGACGAAGUGUAAUGCAAAAUCAGUUUACAGUACAUAGUAUUAGUUCUGUCACAUAUCAGUAAGUGAUGUAUCUUAAAAUGAUAAAUAUUAGUAGGCUGUAUAGCUAACUUGUAACAAAGUAAAAAAAUACAGUUGAAUUAUUUUUUUUAAGUCCAUUGAAAAUUAGCCAGUGUAAUUGUAUGCUCUUUUGUAAAUGUAUAUGUGCCAAAGUAUGUAUCAAAGUAAUUAAUAUUAUCUGAGUGAGAACUAUAAAUUCAAAACAUUGCUGUUAUAAAAACUAAUUAUUGAUUUCUUUUGUUGACUUACUGAACUGUAUUUUUUCAGUUUAUGAAUUUUUACCAACUUCAAAAAACUGACUAUAUUCGGCUGGUUGUUUUUUUUUUUUUUUGUUCGCGCGGUACUCCGCCA